AUGGCGACGAUUACCAACGACUCGGUCCCGAUUCUCGUUCGCACCGCGCAGGUGGUGGGGAUCACAUCUGCGGCGUGGUGGUCUGGUGCAUGCGGCUGGAUCAGCUUUGCGCUGAUUCCAACAAUCAACAAAUCGCCCGCAGAGCUUAGGGUCAAGCAAUGGAAAUACCAGUUUGAGCUCGGCAUGGCCACUGGGCCCGUUGUGGCACUGGUAUCCGGCGUGUCGUUUUCCUAUCUAAUGACGCAGCAUGGCAAGCAUAUCGGCCUACUCUUGGAGAGGUCGUUCUACUUGACCUCCCUGGCUGCGGUGGUUGUCCCUGCGAUCGUACCAUUUACGCUGCUUUUCAUCAAGCCGGUGAACAACAAGCUGAUCGCACACGUCGAGUCACUCGAAGACAAGGAGUCCGGCGAGUCCGCCCUUACCGAGCAGGACAUCGAGUCACUCGUGGCCAAGUGGAGCAAGCUGAACGCGGUCAGGGCGGUCAUGACAGGUGCUGGUGCAGUGGCGGGACUACUGGCAAUCCUGUGGUAG